GUAUUUUUGGUGUACUCGAAAACGGUCAUACAUAUCGAGUAGCGCCAAUUUCAUCUUGUUUUGAUCGUUUUGAAGAGCCUGACGGGCCAUAGGAAGCCGCGUUUGUUUACCCGGCUCACUUGGAGCAGACAUGUCAUACGAUGCAGACUAUUUGUUUGCGCUCAGACUGCAACAGGAGCUGGACGCCGAGGAGGGAGAAGUGCCGGCUUCCAGUGCUGAAAAUGAAAAUAUCGACUAUGAGAUGGCAUUGAAGCUGCAGGCGGAGCUUAACAGGCAGGAGGAGAGAGCCAACCGCCACAAUGCCAGCGAAGAGGCAACUAGUACCUCCCGUCAGGCCGCCAAACGCCAGGACGAUCAGGACGAAGACAUACGUUGGGUUUAUCCCAAGCCCAGUACCAAACCAAAUCCCCCCAAGGCUCCAGUCCGUCGCCAGGCCAUCGACUCGCCUUCCAAAGCCUUAGUUCCCGUGCGUGGAAUUCAAGCUCAAUAUAAUGAUUAUCUGAACCAGACCCAGAAUCUCGUUCAUCCCGAGUGGGAGCUGAUUGAUCCCACACCCGAUGUCUUCGCCAUGUUCUUCCGCUUCGACCAGAAGUUCUUCCAGAAGCGCCUGGGCGCCGUCUGCCUCGAGUGGAGCAAGCGCAUGACCUCCUGUGCCGGUAUCUGUUACCAGCGCAGCAACCGUGUCUUCAAGGAGGUGACCAUCCGCCUGAGCGAGCCUCUGCUGAAGCUGCGUCCGCGCAAGGACCUCGUAGAGACGCUACUGCACGAGAUGAUACACGCCUACUGCUUCGUGCUGAACAUCCGUGAGGGCAACGGCGGACAUGGGCCGAACUUCAAGCGCAUGAUGAACCUCAUCAACCAGACGGCCGGCACCAACAUCACCGUCUACCACUCCUUCCACGACGAGGUGGCCCUGUAUCGCAACCACGUCUGGCGCUGCACGGGCAUCUGCCAGAACCAUGCUCCCUUCCAGGGCUGGGUCAGGCGCUCCACCAAUCGGGCGCCGGGUCCGUACGAUCAGUGGUGGGAGAAGCACCUGCGCGAGUGCGGCGGCACCUUCCAAAAGGUGAGCGGCCCGGAGCCCGAAAAGAAACCAACCAAAGCCAAGAUUAAGACCAAAAAGGAGGUGAAGCCAGUGCCGGGAAAGUCCGGCCUCGAUGGGUGGUUGGGCAAGAAAGCGGUUAAGCCACCAGUUCCAUCCAUUCCUUCUGGAUUAUCCAACAAUCCAGGAUCUGCUGCCACAGCUAUGAUUCAGGGCCUGGCAGGCUCCGUGCCUCCCACUUCCUAUCCGGGGCCCUCGACUGAUCCCUUUGCCGGAGUGGGUGGCGGAGGUUCGAAGCCUUCGAGUGGGGGACUCAAGCGCGGAUCAAAUAUCAUGAGUUUCGGUGACCUAAGCCGUGGGUCUGACUCUGAGAAGGAGGAGUCUCGCAACAAUGCCGCCGCCGCCAUGACCGGAGUGGGCUACCAGAUGGGGGGCAGCUCCACCAUCGACAUAACUGGCGGCGAACCGAACGAAGCGUCCACGCCGCAUCUUCGCGAGCGCUGGCUGCGUCGCGUCGAGCAGAACCGCCGCCUCCACAACCACAGCUCCGACUCGAAUAGCAGCACCGGCUCCAAUUCCGGUGCCCCGGAGGCUCCGCCAUCCAAGCGCCGUCGUCCGAACGCCAACGACAUCAUCAACUGGGAGAGCUACGACGACGACAUCCAGAUCGGCCAGGUCAACUCCCAGGUGAUCAACGUGCUGGACAGUAGCGAUGAGGAGGGCGAGGUCCACGGCGCCUCGACUGCAUCACCAAAGAAGCUGAGCAGCCAGGAGCGCAUGGCCCUGAUCAAGCGCGAGGUGCUGCUGGACGAGUCCCAGCAGUUCAGCGAGGACGACAUCACUUUCAUUGAUAACGAGUUCGACGAGAACUUGGAUAAGGCUCACAACGCGAGCUUGGACGCGGCCGUGGAGCUGGCCGAUCAGUCGAUCAUCGAUGACUUCUUCGGGGAGGACACCCUUCUGCGCGACUUCCAGGACCAGAACGACGUACGGGCUUUCGGUUCUGGGAACUCGGAGAACGAUACCACCCAGGAAAUUGUAUUCUGCCCGAUAUGCUUCGAGAGGAUCCAGCGCAACCAGCUGGACAAUCACCUGGAGGGCUGCAGCAUCACCAUUAGCGUUGAGCCGCCGUCCUUCAAGCCGAAGAGCUUCGCCGGAGGAUCGAAGGGAAAGAAGUCAUCCACUGCCAACGGAGCUUCCACAUCCUUUGCUUCCACUCCGUCUCGUGCCUCCAAUGCCUCGAAUGCCUCCACUCGCCGCUCAUCUUCUGGCCAAAUGACUCGCAAGAAGCUCCAGGAGUACGGCUAUACCGCUGAGGAGAUUGCAGUCUUGGAGUUGAGCGGCGACGAAGCUGGAUCUUCAUUUUCGGACUCGGUGGCUGUCAAUGAUUCGGAGGACGAGCUGACUCCGCGCCAGCGUCGUCAGCGCGGUCUCUUCAAGGCGACCGUCCAAUGCCCCCGUUGCGGUGGGGAAUACCUAGGCCACCAGCUGGAGGCCCACCGUGCCAUCUGCCAAGGAAAGCAGAGGCGCUAAGAUGAUCCUAUGUUACCAUAAUACCAUAAUACCAUGAUGCGGGCAGCAUGCCAUUACCAUUACUUAUUCCAUUUUCCAUUUAAGAACUUUAUAAUUUAGAGUGUUGAGUUUCUCCUCGUUAAAAUGCAUUUAAAAAAUGGAAA